GGCUGUCAACGAAAGAUAUUGUGAUAACUUGCAAGAAGUCCUUCAUUUGGAAGAAGAAGACGAAAUUGCUCUUAUACCACCAAUUAGUGGAGGUUAAAAUGAAUCAUCUAUUGUUAACUUAUAAUAACCUUGAUGUAGGAGCGAUUAGUAAUUUAAUCGGUGCUAAUUCUUGCGGUGCUAUAUCAAUGUUUAUUGGUACUACACGUGACAAUUUCGAACGGAAACGGGUUGUGUCUUUAGAAUAUGAAGCCUAUGAACCAAUGGCUCUUAAACAAUUAGGAAAUAUAUGUGACGAAAUUCGCAAACGUUGGCCAGAUUGUCUAAACAUAGCCAUUUAUCAUCGCUUAGGUGUAGUGCCAGUUGGUGAAGCCAGUGUUGUAAUCGGUAUAUCAUCUCCACAUCGUCAAGUGUCAUUGGAAUCUGUCGCUUUUGCUAUUGAUGAACUAAAGAAAACCGUGCCGAUUUGGAAAAAGGAAAUGUACGACAAUCAGGAAUCUUCAUGGAAAGCCAACAAAGAAUCCAAUGACAGGUUAGGGUUUGACACCCGAAUAUGUGACAUUGAUGAUUCAUGCGAAGUCGCCAAAAAUUUCGUACAGAUAUCAGCAACAGAGGAUGAAAUAAAACGCCGGAUAAAAUGCUUCGUUGAAAAGAAAAGAGAGGAAAUCGAUUUGAAUAAUAUCAUGGAUUACACAGUCAAACGUCCUUGUACAAUGGACGAAGACGAAUUUGGAAAUCCUGUUUUAAUAAAAGACGACGACAGUGAAUAUACUUGCGCGCGUACAAAUAGUACUAUCGUUAAACAAGAGUUUUCCAAAUGUCAUUUAAGAGUUCGGCGCGUUGAGAACACUUACGGUCCCCAAACACGACCAGACUAUUUGCAAACUUUAGAUAAAUUAAUGGCUCAACAUAGUGAUGAUAUUAAAAGUAAACAAAAUAUUAGAACAACUUUGCCACGAGGAUUGCAGGAACGCUUAGAAACCAUUGAAGAGUAUUUAAAUAUAAAGCGUACUGGAAACUUAUAUCGACGCAUAAAAGCGAUUGAAAAUCGUUUACUACAUUUAGAAUCCAUCUCUCCUGAGUACAAACAUUUCGCGUUGGGAAAUAUCUCCACUAAUUCCAAGGGACUUCGCGAGAACUCUGAAGAUGCCAAUAUUAAGCCUGCCUUUUGCGAAAGAAAAACAUACAGUGUACGCGACGUUGAUGCUUUCAUUGAAAGAAUCCAAACGUGUUCUACAGUCAAUUCACUGGCCCAUGACGAAUAAGAAAAAGGAAAGAUCUUUUACACACCAUUAUCGAGAAAAUAUUCAAUUCUCUACGCCUUAUAAAAUCCCAAAACUAUACGAGCAUUUUUUAAAGAGUUUUCAUUAAAUGCUUUUUAUUUUUUUAUUACUCAUAAAAAAUAAAAUAAAAUUAAAAAUAGUCAUGAACUUUACAAGUUGGGAUAAAAGAGGCCGUUUUUCAAGAAAAAGAUUUUACUGUACCACUUUCUUUAAACAAAUUUGAAAUUAAAAUAACAAAAUGCAAUUUUAUUUCGAUUUUUUCUGGUAAUAUGUAAUUUUGGUAAAUUUCAAUAAAAAUAAACAAGAAUUCUUCUGUUUAUAAUUGUUUCUGUCUUCUCGAUCCCGCGGUGUUGAAUAUUGGGGAUAUAUUUAUUGCGCUCAGUUUACCUUUACCUUAUCAAAAGGCGAUGUAGACUGGGUUUAGGGAUUUCUCGUCUCGUCGUCUCCGUUGUAUAUGAUUAGUAUGUAUUAAGUUUCUUAACUCUUAAACAAAACAAAACGCUAACGUAACGCAAACUACUUCAUCAAAUUGUGUGUAUGUGUGUGUAUGUGUGUAUAUAUAUAUUAAGCGCAUCUCUCUUCAUCUUCACUACUACAAAACUAAUUCAAGUUGAACUUAAUUCAAUUUUGAUUACGACUAAUUUCAUUUAAUGUAUAUUCUGCGAGAAAAAUAACCAUUAAAAUUUAACAAUUUGCCUUUUUUAAUUGUUGUUGUUUUUCUUUUUUCACUUCCAUAUUAUUACGUAUAUGUUUAGGGAGUAAAAAGAAUUUUGAACAAGUUGUGAAUGUAGUGCAGGAAGAGGUUAGGAAAGGGCUAACUAUAUAAGGUUUAUUUUAGGGUGCGUAGUAUGAGUAUGGGGAUCGAUUUAAUGGGAUAUUUAUAAAUUUUUUUAUGAUGGUAGGGGUGACUACAU